CUUCUAUUUAGGGAUGAAAGGGUAAACCAAUGUAUUCUGAGUUUCGCGAUGAAACAACCUUACAUACUUGGGACCUUUCAUUUUUGCUUGGUUCAGGGGUGGAUGAACAUUGGUAUCCCGCAUGAAGAUUCACUCUGCAAUGUCCAGACUCCUCAUAUCAAACUCAACCUUGUGAGGUUGUUCUCGGUGGGGCAGAGAACAUCAAUGAAAGCAUAUUUGACUCAAUAUCCUAAGGACGAUUCCAAAUUUGCACCGUUGGCUUGAAUUCGUCCACAGCCGCUUCC